AUGCUAUUGGUUAUAUUGCAUGGCUUUGGUGAUGGCAAGAAAGCCUUGGGUGAACUUGCCGGGAAAAUGCAUCUUCCUGGAGUAGCAUGCUUGGUCGCUCGAGGAGAGCGUCGCCUCCCAGAUGGGAUCCUUCCCGCUGAGCCCAGUAAUGAAAUCGGCUAUUUUUGGUAUGAUAAUAUAGACUGGUCCGAUGGGACGACUUUACCUCGAGGAGAUAAUUCGUUGAAGGACUCCGCCGUUAACGCGGUGAAUCGAUUGUCGGAAUAUAUCACAUCGUCGCUGAUACAAACAUGUGGCUGGAAAAGCAACGAAAUUGCUUUUCUUGGUGUUGGCCAAGGAGGUCCCGAGGAGAAACGUCGAGUUACUCAAAGAGUGGUAUUGAUUAACGGACGAAAGGACGAGGCUCCCUCGGGCUGUGUGCAGGCGAUCGAAUCGGAGUUGAAGUUGGAAGGAGACAUCGUCCAAUUGCAUGAACUAAAUGGAAAGGCGAUGGAUGUGUUGAAGGACCAAAACGGCGAGGUUAUCAUUAUAAAUAAAUUAAUGUAA